UUCUUAGUUAAAAAGAAAAAUAGAAGGUAUUAUUUUAUUAACGCAGUAAUAAAGAUUAAUACAGUUACUAUAUACAACGCUAACCUUCUGCUAAUAGCUAAUAAGUACUUAGAAAAGUUUGCUGGGUGCAAGAUCCUUUUACUAAUUAACUUUUUCUCUAGCUAUAAUUAA